GACUGAACGACCAGCAAACACGAGCCUACCGCCGUCUCCAGCAACGACCACCGACAGCCGCCAAAAUGGGUAGAAUGCACAGCAAGGGCAAGGGCAUCAGCUCCUCUGCUAUCCCCUACUCGCGCACCGCGCCCUCGUGGCUCAAGACCAACCCCGACCAGGUCGUCGACCAGAUCUGCAAGCUGGCCAAGAAGGGUGCCACCCCCUCGCAGAUUGGUGUUGUCCUCCGUGACUCCCAGGGCAUUGCCCAGGUCAAGAUUGUCACCGGAAACAAGAUCCUCCGCAUCCUGAAGUCCAACGGCCUCGCCCCCGAUCUUCCUGAGGAUCUCUACAUGCUCAUCAAGAAGGCCGUCGCCGUCCGCAAGCACCUCGAGCGCAACCGCAAGGACAAGGACUCCAAGUUCCGCCUCAUUCUCAUCGAGUCGCGUGUCCACCGUCUUGCCCGCUACUACAAGACCGUCGGCGUCCUGCCCCCCACCUGGAGGUACGAGAGCGCCACUGCCAGCACCAUCGUCGCUUAAGCGAUGAGCUGCUCGCGAGUGGAGGCCCGGACAGCGGGCCCAGACGAACGUUCCAGCGGAGGAAAAAUUACGGUGGUCAUGGAGUUGGGGUUAGGAAACUGCAUUUUCGGCAGCGCAGCUUGCUCCUUCUGGUCGUCACGACGAUCAUGAUAGUCAGAGACUUCGUUGAAAUGAAAGCAAAACGAUUCUCGGCACCUCAAUUCAAUAAUGCCGCCCUCAAGUUAAC